AUGUACACGACGCCUUCGCACAAUGAUAUUCAACGGGCAAACGAUUCGCCAUAUUUGAAUGUCAAAAUGCGACAUUUCAAUUAUGGCGAUGAUCACAGGCAAAACUCAGCAUAUAGUAGAAUAGCUAGGAGAUUGAAUAGGGAAAGCUGUCCGGCGUUUGGCCACGUCACACCGUUUUAUGAAAACAGUGCUGGCGCUAAUCCGGUGUUAACGGUGGCACUAACUCCGGUUCCGAAAGUCGAUUAUAGUGUUACAAAAGGCGGUGCUCGCACAUGGAUCGUCUUACUCGUCUUUUUCUUUCUUUGUUCUAGUUUAUAUACAAUAUUCUCUGCGAAAGACGGACGGAAAGAAUAUAGCGUUAAUACACAUCAAGUAGAAGAUAUCGAUGAUUCGCCAGAAUACGCAAAUGUACCUGAUAGUUCACGCGAUAAUAAUAAUGAUGACGAUGAUGACGACGAUGACGAUGAUCCUCCGAUUAAGAAAACUGAAACGAUAAGCCAACAAAAACAGCAACAAAAACAGCACGCUGCUCCAGCAGCGGUGGAUGCUGACGACGAUGACGACGACAAUGAGGAAGAUCUUGAUCAUUCAUUGGGAGGACGAUUAUUCGCCGAUUUGAAAAAGAAAAUCAGCAGUCGUUUAAUGGAAACUGAAAAAGUUGAAAAGGAGAAGCCGAAACCUCAAAGAGAAUUGAAAAAACUGAAAAAGAGACAGCCAGUGAAGGUGGUUGAGGAGGAGGAAGACGAUGACGACGAUGAGCCAAAUGUGGAUGAUGACGAAGAAGUGAGGAAAGAGGAAGUUCGACAAGAAGUCGGACGAAGAAGAAUGCACAACAAAGCUAAAAACGAUGACGAUGAGGAAGAUGAGGAAGAGGAGAAGGAACUCUCUUCAAGAAAAGCUAGACUAUUGAGACGACGACUUAAUAGAGAGCAGCGAAGAGAGAAUCGACCAAAACAUGGAAAGAGAGAGUGCGUCCAUCAGGAUUGUCCAAAUUUCGACAGUGUCAAACCUCGGAAGUCGAUUUUGAUGCAUAAAAAGAAGAUCCGAGUGCAACGGAUGGAUGAUGAUGACGAUGAUGAUGAGGAAGACGACGAAGAUGACGACGAUGAUGACGAAGAGGAAAAAACUGCUUAUAAGUAUGAUAAUGAUGACGAUAAUGACGAUGACGACGUCGAGCAAGUCAUCACCGAAAGAGCUGGAAGUAGCUCAUUUAAACGGCAUGCAAUCACAACGAAGGAAGAAAUUGGAUUUAGAAGUAUGUUGGACCGCGCGGAUCAGUUAGUUGAAAAGCACGAGUAUAUGGAAGCUCUCGAGAUUUAUGAUUACGUUCUUGCUGUACACCCAUAUUCGCCUCGAGCGCAAUUUGGAAAAGCUAGAGCUUUCGAUAUUCGUGGAGAGAUUGAGGCGAACGAGAUCGAUCGUGACCGCGCCAUUGAAAUUUAUGUGAAACUUUUGCAAAAUCCGGCGACACCUGAAGCUCUUUUCCGGCAAGCCGCACAAAAACUCAUCGAGCGAACACGGUUUAGAGGCAUGCUGCAUAAAACAUUGAAUGCUCACCGACUAUUCAUCGAUAGAUUCCCCGACGAGGUGCCACUUCAAACUGAUUUCGCUGUCACCUUCGUCAUGAUGAAACGUUAUGAAGAUGCUCGCCGAGUUUUGAGAAAUGCUCUUGCUAUUGAUCCAAAUAAUGUUAUCGCGUUGGCUUAUUACGGCUACAUUCUUAAGGCUCAUGAUGAAAACAUCGAGCAAGGCGUUGCUCUUAUGAGAAAAAGUUUGAAGCUUGCUGAUAAUGAAAUUAAAGACCCAAAGUUUUACUAUCAACUUGGACACGGUCUUGUCACUCUUGGAAAGAAACACGAGGCUGAUGCUGUUUACCAAAAAGCCGCCCAGAUGGGGGUAUUCAUGAAUGCUCAGCAACGAAGCCUUUAUAAUAUUGCUGGCCUUACAGCAAGGCCCUGGUGGAAUAUGGAUCAAACUCCAUAUACGAAAUUCCUAAAAGCUGUUGAAAGACAAUGGGCAACUAUCAGAGUCGAAGGCAUGGCGGUACUUCGAGAUUGCAACGAAUGCUGGUUAGACCAUAAUCAGCAGCUUGUGCUCGAUGGACAAUGGAAAUAUUUUCCGAUAAUGUCCGAGCAAAACUUUAUAAAGGGAAAUUGCGAAAGACUUCCUCAAACUUGUCGAAUCCUCGAAGAAUUUGCUGCAUCGAGUAAUGCCAGCAAAUCAGAGAUGUAUUUCUCUGUACUAUCAUCUGGCGGCCAAAUUCUUCCUCAUUGUGGCCCAACUAAUUACCACUUGCAAGCUCAUUUGGGACUUGUUGUUCCAUCUGAGGCUAGAAUACGUGUUGGUAAUGAGACAAAGGGAUGGAAAUCAGGCAAAUUCAUCAUAUUUGACGACUCUUUCGAGCACGAGCUUCAAUUCGAUGGUGCUUCAUCGUCGGCGUUCAGAUUGGUUCUUGUUUUGCAAUUAUGGCAUCCAGAAGUUCAACCACAUCAACGCACACUGUCAUUCCUUUCCUAG